AUGUCCCGCCUAGGUGUCGGCUCUGCAGCAGGCACCAAAGGCACGCACUACAAUGCGAAUCUGGGCAGUGCGCUCGUGCGCGGCGCCUGGACUGAGACCAACCCCGGCGCAACGCCUGGCGGGGGCGCGCUGUCGUGGAGCGAGCUCCUCCGAAAAUGGGCAAAGCAUACUGGCGGGAACACAGAGGUGGUCGGGGCGCUGCGAAGUAUUGCGGCAGCCGACCUUCGGAGAUCGACGCGUGACGCCGACGGGCCAGAUGGGGCUGGAGACGAUGCCUGGCGUUUGGGAGCUUGGUCACGGCACCCUCUCUCUUCGCCGGAAGAAGUCAAGACUGCCCUCCAGGGAUUGACGGCGCUGUCACCAACCAAGCUUACUGAGACGGAGAGACGGAGCGUCGCCCUCACUUCCGCGUACGCGCUUUACGUGUUGGCCGACUACGACUCUGCAUUGAGCGCGUACGGCUCCUUUGACUGGGCGAGCGAUCCCACCGAAGGCGUCGUCCCAGGCGACGCCGCCGUGGUGGAACGCGUCCGCGCCCGCGCUGUUCAAGGCAUGUGCUAUGAGCUCGCGAGUCGGCCCGAUACUUCUCUCGCCCUCCAAAGCUACAUAGAAGCUGUCAGGUUGCUCGACAAACUCUCGGUACACCCCCUCACCACCCCGACAUACCUCCAGGCUCCAAACACGCCCAAACCCCCACCUCCUGCCGCCGACCAGCGCGAACUUAUGCGCUACAUCUCCACGGCACUUACUCGGGCGGCCGUCAUUGCCGCUCACACCUCCGAAUCGCAACUAACCCUCCGGAUCCUUCGGACAUACCACGCCGUCGCGGCGGGAUGGCCCCCAACCUUCCGUGCGCGCCAAAGGCAGCGCAUGCUCAACCUCUACCUCGCCGCGCUUUUCGAGGCGUUUCCGCCAGCUGGGGCGACCGUCCCCGAACCAUACCUUCUCACGGGGGGAGUUGCUAACCGCACAGCGCGCGCAACGUGGCACGCAGAGGUCGCCGAGGCGUUCCGGUACGGCCAGCGCUUGCUUGACAAUACCACUAGCUUCCCAGAAGCGGGAAAGCUCAAUGCGCCAGUCAUUGAGUUUGCCAACCAGGUGUCCAUGUUCCCCGACCACGAACAGCGGCUCACGCUUGACGCUAUCACGGUCUUGUGGUGGGCAACCAACCUCACCUUCCAGAGUCAACUCAUCCUGCGUCGCCUGACGUGCCUCCUCCCUACGACCGGGGAUUACGCUGAGGCGCGCCGCGUGUUCGAGCUGUACGUCGAGACGGUGCUCAAGGCGCGCCAAGCCGAGAACCCGGAGUCGACGCUCGCCCUGCAGCGACAGCUUACGAUCGAGGACGGGGAGCUCGCGGAUAACCCGAACGACGAGCCGAUCGACGCCAACGGCCACGGCGAGAGCAAGGACCCCACGUUGUAUGGUCAGAUGGACUCGGACACGGACUUUGUCUCCACGCUGCUCGUCGGUUCGCGGCUGCUCCUCACAGACCUCGGCCACGCCAAGGAGGCGUGGCGGUACGCGACACUGGCUGGAGACGUGGUGCGGCAGGGUAGUGUCUCGCGCAAGUUCGCCGCGCUCGUUGAGGAGAAUAAGGGCGUCGUACGGCUGGUCAUGUCGGGAAAAGACGCGGACAGAGUCGAGCGACCAAAGUACCAGGCGCAGGCGAUCAACCACCUGCGGCGAGCGACGAUGUUGGACCCAAGCUCGGCAAGGGCAUUCUACCACCUCGCGUAUGCUGAGGCCUCGGCGCGCUCGAUACAGCCCGCUCUCCAGGCGGUGCGCGAGGCACUCGAGCUCGACGACCACAGUGUGCCCUCAUGGCACCUGCUCGCGCUGUUAUUGACCGCUUCAGGCGACUGGGAGGGUGCGCUCAAGGCGUGCCAAACUGGCGUCGCGCUAUGGGAGGCCGACGACGAAGCUCUGGCGGCCGACGAUGGCGACCUGCCAACUGUGAACGGGCACGGCGCUGCGCCACCACAUCCGCUCCUCUCACCCGAGGGGUCCCUGGUUCCGCCGACCCCGGCACGCGUGCCUCCCUCCUCGCGCUUCCGCCGUCUCGAGACCGUGAUACAGCUCCGCAUGACGCUAAACGUCGUCACUGAAAAGCUGCAUGGACCCGACAUCGCCCUGGAGCAGCAGCAGGAGCUCUUCCUCUUCUUCUCGCAGCGGACCGAGAAGGGCGAACGAGCCGAACGCCGUCGCUCAGGCACGAUCAGCACGCGCGUCCCAUCAAUGCGGGGUUCGAUCCGAGCAACGCCGCGAGGCUCGCCUGUCCCCGUGUCGGGGUUAUCACCAGCAGAGGUGACGGUCCAGCCUCCUAGUCCACCACGCGGUUCGCCGGCCCAGAAAUCGCCAGUGACACCACACGACUACGCGGUCGAGGACGAGCCUCGGCGGCUGCAUCACAAGAAGAGUCUGCUCCCGAAACACCUGCAUGUGCCGAGCGUCGCCCGAGCCAACUCGCACUCUCGUUCCGCUAGCAUGCCUAGCUCCACCCUCCGACCGGACGUUGUACCACGCUCGCGAGCGGCCAGCGCAACGAGCGGGUCAGGCGCACCGAGCAUCGCCCCAACCGCCGUUCACUCGCACUAUGCCGGUGCUGGCGGGCGCGGUCCACCCCCACCUCCUUUGAAGCAGGUCGUCCGCCGCAGUCCCGAAGAGGAACGCGUCCUCUCAGACAUGUGGCUGAUGAGCGCGGCGUCGUUCCGCCGCUCAGGCAACCUCGAGCAAUCCCUCGUGGCGAUCGAGGAGGCCGAGACGCGCGACCCCGAGAAUCCCGCCGUGUGGGCCCAAUUGGGGUUGUGGAACUGCGCAGCUGGAAAGGCAGAGGACGCGCAGGCGGCGUUUACGAAGAGCCUGCUCCUCCGUCCUGACUAUCCUCCUGGCGCGGUGGGCGUUGCCCGCCUUCACGUCGAGGCUGGGGCUGUGGAUCUCGCUCACAGUCUACUUUCUCAACUGGUGCAGGACCGGGGAUGGGACGUGCCCGAAGCGUGGUUCGCGCUUGCCAAGGUGUGUGAGCGGCAGGACAGACAUGCGCGUGCGCGCGAAUGUCUCCUCUACGCAUUGCAGCUGGAAUGCACACGGACGUGCCGCGCGCUACCGGACGCACUGCCCCGAUGGAGUGAGUGA